GUCGUAUAUCAGUUUACAGUGAUUAAAUCCGUGUUUGUGUUUUAGGACGAAAACAAUAUGUAUCUCCAUCAGAUUGUUCGACGUCGGUAUUAAUGAAUUCAUUUUUUUUUUUUUCUCUAAUUGUAUUUUUACUUGAACGCGAAAUGAAGAUCGUCAUAAGCCUGUGCCUGAUAAUCAUAUGCUUCGCGUCGGCGAAAAGUAAGUGAAAUUAUCUGGGUGAGAUGGAUGCGUGGAGGGACGGUACUGUUUAAGAUGAUUAUAAUUAUUAAAAAAACUACGGAAAUCGAUUCAAAAGCGGUAUCAGAAAUCGCAUAUAGUACCAUGGUAGGUUAGGUUAGGUUUAUAGUAUAAUAGUGUUGUAGAAAAUAUUAUCUUGAAUUUAAUCAAUAAAUCAAGUUUUUGUCCCUGUCAUAUUUUUAUGUCGACUGAGACAUGUCGAUUUGUAAUUUCUUGAAACAAACUGCCUGUAUAAAAUGAAGUAGGUAUACACAUUUUUGGUUAUUCUUUACGAUAGUUAAAGUGCACUAAAAUAGCUUUGGCGAAAAAUUAAAAUUUGAUAAAUAUUAAAAAUCAUUAUAUAUAUAUAAAAAAAUACAAAUAAUGGAACUAAAACAUUUUGAACCAUUCUAUGCAUAGUUAUAACUUAUAGCUUAUAAUAUUUGUUUCUUGUAUAUCAUACAGCAUACAGCCGUACCGCUACAGGACUGUCAGAACUAUUUUUAGAUCUAAAAAAAGGCUUGUACAAAUCUAUCGAUCGGCGUUUGUCACUAACUCAAAAAAUUAAGUUAAUAAUAAUAAUCUUUUUUUUUUUUUGAUUUAAUAGUAUAUCGUAUAUAAAAGAAAUGUGAACUUUUGUAAGUAUAUAUGUAUACCCGUACGCCGAAACGCCUUUCGCCAAGAUGUCCUAGGAACCUUAGCAGUCGGCGAUAUUUUGAUUUCUAAAUCGGUAAACAAGUAAAUUAUUAACUGCGUUCGGUCGAAGUCUAUGGAAAUAAGAAAAACAAGGGGUUCUCCGUAUUUGCAUACUAAUACUAAUGCGAAAUCAAUAUCAAUAUAGUUAUUGCAUAAAUAUCCAAUUAUAUUCUCUACAUUUUUUAUAAUAACGUAAACUUUCAAUAGUGUCAAUGUGUCAUUCUUGGUUUACGGCAAAUUGUAAAUGGUAAUUGCCGAUUUAAAAAUCAGAAUACUGCUGAUUGCCGAGGACUCGUUCCUAUACUAUAAUUUUUUUUUUUUUAUAUAAAAGUUAUAUCCUAAAAAAUCUAGGAAAACAAUUUUUUAACAAGUUGUAUAGUUGCUGGCGGCUCCCUGUUAUUAAGAAAAUGCCGAAUGAUAAUUAAUAAAAAUCCAAUCAGAGGGAGGAGACCCACCAUCCCUCAUCGCUGCCGGCCCUGCUUCUCCUUUUCGCACCACCGGCUUAAUACAUAAUAUUUUUUUUACACUUUAUAUUAAUUAAAAUGUGAUAAUUUUACCGUUUGGUUUAAAUAUAAAAAUGAAAAAAGAACAGACAUACUUCGCACGUGGGUGUAGCCCCUGUUGUAGGUUGGAAGUAAGGAAAUUAGGAUACAGACGGGAAUUUAAUGUAUAUCAGUAAGCAAUAAUAAACUAUUGCUAACUAAAAAAUGAUUCUGAGCGGAGUUCAAUUGAUAAUGUUGCUUUGACAACAAUACAAUAUAUGGUAUAUGUCAUAUUAUGGUAAAAUUAUUAUACAAUGUGCGUUUCCAUGAUAACAAUUGUUUAAAAAAAUAUUAAAAUAAUAAAAACUUAAUAAAAAAAAAAAUAAAUAAAGACGGUUGUCAAUGACAAUUUUAUUUUUAAUCUUUCAAACUUUUUUAAUCUAAAAACCGAGGUUUCCCUCAUUAUCUCAAUUAUGAAUAAGAAUUUUAAAAAGUAAUUUCUUUAAAAUACUACCCAGAGAACAUUUACUUUCAAAAAUGGUGCUAUACUUGAUAAUUGGAGUAACCUUUCUGAUAGAAAGAGUGUUCACAUUAAAAAAAAAAAAUAAACAUCAUUGUAAAACCAAUGAAUCCUCGUUCCACUCAGAAUCUAAAAACAUAAUAAUAAUAUACGGGUAAUGAGUAUGAUAAUAUUUAUGACUCGACCAACAUGAAUGUGUCGUACAUUUUAAAUAUUUAAUGGUCGAUUUACGGUUUUUUUUUACGCGAUUCUGUGAUAACGGUCAAUUAUUUUAAUUACAGAAUGUUAACAAUUUAAGAUGACUGUGUGUCGUGAUACUAGAUAAUAAACUAAUUAGUAAUAGUAUUAACGUGGCCAAUUUAAAGAACAACUAUAAAAUAAUAAAUACCUUUUAUAAGUUUAAAAAAAAAAAAUAAAAAUAUAUCGUACCGGUGAAUUAAAAAAAUGUUAUUCGACCUUAAUUCUUCAAUAGGUGCCGUGUAUAGUUUUGGAAAAUAAGCUUAACUAAACCGUCACGUUUAAUUUUCAAAUAAUACUUUACGAUUUCCCUGAUUGUAUUGUACAUAAUAUCUAUAAAUUAGUAUAUUAUGUCAUAACCGAAUUUUCAGAUAAAAUGGAUCUAAUAUUAAAAAUUGUAUAAAGUAGAUUAUUUAUUAUGCACUGACCAAAUGAUUUUUCGCUUUUAAUAUUUUAUUUGUUUAUCAAGAUAUUCAUGUUUUAAUUUAACUUGAUUUCUGAUAAUUUUAACUAUUGAGAAAUACAAAAUAUUUACGAAAUUAUUCAGUCAAUGUAUAACAACAAUACAACAUAUAGGUCCUGUUUUUUUAAACUCAUUAACUGGAGGGCCGCAAUCGUGACCAAGUGUGAAACGUCACUGCUGAUAUAUUUAUUUGUCUGCUUCGGAGUGACAGACAAAUAAAACAAUUAAUAUUGGUAUAAAAGCCCCUCCUCAUUAUAUCUAUGUAAUUCGUGGUACCGUAUUAUAGCGAUUCUUUAAGCAAUUUUAUAUUUUUGAGGUUAAUGUUUAGAUUUAAUAUAGUAUACUGAGGAUAUUAUUAAUAUCUUACAGUAUACUUUAAUGUCUAUAUCUCUUUCUCUCCCUCUCCCUCUAUCUCUCUCUCUCUCUCUCUAUAUAUAUAUAUAUAUCUUUAUAUCCUAAUAUAUUAUAUAUUACCAUAUAUUUAUUUAAUGUAUUAUUUAUUUGUUUAUAUAUAUAUAUUAUAAAAACAUAUCAUGUUUCAUGUUUGAAUAGACAAAUAAGUAACGACGUUUUAUAGAUGUUUCCCGUGGUCUUAAUUCUGACGACAAUAAUUCAUCUACAACAAUUGUAAUACCAAACGAAAAUUCGUCACAAAAUGUAUCGGACUAUUAUCUAGCGGAUAUCAACGAAUUCCCUUAUCACGUGAGUAAAUUCUUUCAUUCUAUUUAUAUAACAUACAUGUGUUACGUGUAAAGUAAUACGAUUGGCAGGUAAUGUGAAAACUGUUUACACUUAUAUUAGAUAAAAUAAAAAUAUUAUUUAUAAAACGUUUGUUUCGCACGUUACCUAGCCACCUAGGUAAUAUAAUAUCUACCGCCGAGUGAAUAAAGUAUCGGGGUUGGAAUAAUUUAUUUUCCACAUUUUCUCCAAUUUCGUAAAAUUUAAAAAUUAUCUUUUAUCUUUUGAUAUAACCACCUAAAUGAUAAAACAUUUCCCCUUAUCUACUGUUCGAUUCCCAUUUGAGGAGUAGAAAUAUGACAGUUUUUAAGGACAAAUACGUUUUAGGCCAAUCAAAUUGGAAAUUCAAAUCUUAUCUUUAAGCUUGAUAAUAGGUAAAUUCACUAUAAUAUUGAAACUGGCAGCACAAAGUUGUUCUUGCCGAACGAAAAUUUGCUGGCAUAGGUAUGUCUUGUUCUGUUAAGCCCUUUUUCCCCUUGACUAAAGAUAUAUAAUAAAUAUAUAUAUAUAAUGUUGAACAUAAGUUAAUGUUACAUUUUCAUUUAAUUCGCCUAUUAUAAAACUAUGAUUAUCAGCUAUGUUUUGUACGCUGGCUUUAAUUAAAUAUUUUAAUUUUUAAGCGAGAUACGAGCAUGUGAAAUAUUUUGCAAUAUUUAAAUUUCUAAGAUAAUUAAUAUGAGUAACUAUGUGUAAUAUCACAAUUUAAUAAAUCUGUCUGUCUAGCUUAAAAAUUAUAAUGUUGAAGAAAAACCAGCGUAAACACAAAGACAAUAUUACCUUUAAGUUUCAUAAUAUUAAAGGCAACCAUAUAAAAUUGUUACUACUGAACGAAAAUUUGAUAUUAUCCAAUUUUCAACAUUAGUCAUAAUCUAAAUAUAUAUAGGGAAUCUAAUAUAAAUAUACAAUUUUCUUGCAUAACAAUCAUAAAAAUUAUAUUGUUUACUCAACAGGUAAUAAUCGUUAAAAUGGAAAACGACUCGUAUGAAAUAUUGUGCCAAGGUGCGUUAAUCAGCCACGAUUGGAUUUUAACGUCAGCUUCUUGUAUUAACCGGUGAGUAAAAGAGUAAACAUGUUUUAAAAAAAAAUUUCCUUUCAAAAAAUAUUUGCAUUGUAUAUUUCAGAGUAAGCUUUUUAGUAGAAAAAGUAAUUGCAUAAAAAAAAAAAAAUAAAUAAUAAACAUCUUUGUAAAACCAAUACAUUCUUCGCUCCAUUCAGAAUCUAAAUGACUACCUUGAAGUACCAAAUAGAUAAAAUUGAAUUUCAGAAAAAGUGAUACUCUUGAUACAUCGGAGAAAAAUGUCUGGUAGUAAUUUUGUACACAGUGUAUAAAAAAAAACUUAAAUAAAUAAACAUUAUUGUAAAACAGCCAUCGCUUUGCACAGAAUCUAAAACUCCUACGUUAGGCACAAUUUUUUUUUCUCCACUAAGUCCACUUUUAUGAUGCACCAUGUAUUAAUGUUUUUUAUAUUUUUGUGGGAUCAAACCAUUUUUAUCCAUAUAAAACCAAACAAACUCUAAAGUUUUAAAUCGCUAUAAAUAAUUCAAAAGUCACUAGAAUAUUUUGAAAAUUUUACCGCGACUAAUAGAAGACCAAUUCGGUACAAAUUUUAGGUCUUUAAGAUUAAUUUUAACAAAAUUACAAUAAAAAACCAAAUCGCUAAGUAACACAGACUGAAUUUCCGCAUAAAAAAAUAUAAGAAAAAUUAAAAAAAAAAUUUUCUUAUUGAAUCAACUAAAUAAAAUCUUCUACUAGAAAUGACAUCAGAGUAAAACUAUCACAUCAUAGCUUCGCUCAGAAUAAUUUUUAUCCACAUUUAUUUUGUCGGUUUUAAUUCAUUAAACGAUUUGUCUGAAAAUACAAGAAAAUUAUUUUAUUAGAUAGACGGGCCAGGUGAGGAGGUUGCUCCCGUCCUCUACCUCGUCCUUUUCAUACAGAGGACGUCCUUUUUAGAAGCUUCAAUGUUACAUCUCUUGAUCUGGGCAUAUUAUACUACACUUGACACUUUUUGUAUAUUUCUGUCAUUUACUACAGAAAUGUCUAUUAUAACAUUAUAUAGAUGUUAAAGUGCAGGGAUCCGAUUAAAUGAGAAAUAAUACACAACUAGUGUGCUAUAUACAGGAACUCAGAACAUUUGAACUCAGGAAAUUUUUUGGCAUUUUUGGGCGUACGAGACCUUAAAGAUCCCAAAGUAAAUGCUCGUGAACUUAAGUACACUAAAUUGCAUCCAAAUUAUGACACGGAAAUGGAUGAUGGCAAUGACGUAGCAUUGUGCAUGGUGAGUAUUUAUUUUAAACAAUUAUUAUUUUCAUAUCAGUUGCUCGGUGAUUUUUUUUUUUUUUUUUUGAAAAUCGUCAAAAGUGCAGAAGAUUUAAAUCACAGUUCUACAUUAUUUCCAAUAUAAGUAUAACAGUUAGCUAUAAAUCAUAAUUAAUAGAAUAAUGAACUCAUGUAUCAGAGAAAUGAUGACAGGAUAGAAGAAGGAGGGUAAGGCCGAAACAGAGGUGGUUGGAUACGAUUGAGAAUAAUAUGAGGACAGCUGGUGUAUGUAAGGUGGGAGAUUGAGUCAAGUGGAAGUUUAAGACAAUGACGGCCAACCUAGAUUAUUUGAGAUGAAGGCGAAAGAGAAGAAGACGAAUAAUCGAAUAAUGAUUACAAUACGGAUAACUUUUAAAGUUAUAAUCAAGUUCUAUAUUACAUAAUAUUAUAAUACUUAAUAAAAAAUAUGCAUAGAAAAAUAGUAUUAGAGACUCAAAAGACAUAUAACAGUCUUUUCAAUCUCAGACAUCAAUGAUACUUAAUUGUAAAAUAUUUAAUUUAAUUAAUUUUAUAAUUAUUUCACCUUUCAAUCAUAAAUGUAUUAAAAUAUACUAUGAUAUUUUAUUUCUUCGAUUACUUAACACAUAGAGUAGGACUCAAUGGCAUAGCAAUAAUAACAAAAUAUUAAUUUUAUUACUUUUUUUUGCGUGUUCGAAUACUAUUUCAAAUACUUUUCGAAGAAAAUGUUCAAAUACCGUUUUACUAAUAUAUUCGAAUAUCUGUUUUAAACGCGAGUCUCGUAUUACAUUUUGACUGUGGUAUACCUGAUGAUGAAUUAUUUAUUCAAAACCGGUCAUAUAAAAUACUUAUCAUAAUACUCCAGGCGACGCAUUCGUGCAUUUAUUUAUUUUAUUUUUAUAAAUACAUUUUUUAUUUAUACAUUUGUUCACUAUAUCUUUCUUUUGUUGAGAAAAAAAUAUGAAUUUAAUGUUACACUAUUCCAAUAUUAAUAAAAAAGUUUAAGAUGCUAAUAAAAUGUUUCAGAUUUAAACUUGGUAUAAUAAGAAAGGAGUUUGAUUAAUAACAAACAAAUUUUAAUUUUCGUUAUUUUUAUUUUGUAAAAUAAAUGUAUUUUACUUAAAUGUAUUAAUAAAGAAUUGUGUCUGCUUUUUGAUGCUUAUCCCCAUAAGCGUGCACAAAAAUCUUUAGCAAAAAGAAUUUUAAUAUUUUGGAAGGUAGCUUAAGCGAUAAGCCCCAAUAAUAUUGAUUAUGUAUUCUUAGUAUUUACUUGAUGAGGACUUUAUUUUAGGAGGCAUGAUUGAAUACUCGGGGAGGGCGUCUAAAUCCUCCAAAGCCUCUUCCCUUUUUGCGCCAACGCACAAAAUUAAGGGUAGCUUAGGAUUUAAUAUUAAAAAAAAAAUGUAUGUCUAAUAUAUUUUUUUAAAAAUAUUUUAGUUGAAAAUCUCGCAGAGUAGGCUGCUGCAUCUCCUAUCUCGUGCGCACGCUUAUGUUUAUCACUUCCUGAUCUAUUUUUAAAUAAUUGUCAACAUUUAAAAAAUAAUUGGAAUUAAUUUUCAUUCGAUUAAUUAUGAAAAAUAUAUAUAAAUAUGUCCACUUAAAUAUAACUACCCAUACAGUGUACAUACUAACGAUCGAAUAAUAAAAAAAAAAAAAUGAAGAAAUUGUUAAAAUUGACAAUUUUGAUUAUUUCUUCAGCCUCUCUGUGAAUAAAAAAAUAUUUGUUAUAUACCAACGAUAAUUUUUGUUUUACUACCCAAUAUUAACGGUUGGGCAAAGAAAAUGUUAUAUUUUAAAAUUGGGGGAGCCGUGGAAAUAUAUAUUACUGUAAAGUAUUUGUACAGUUUGACUAGGUAUCCAAUAAUAAUUAUAAAUUUAUAAAUAACAAUAAAAGCUGUAGUUAUUUAAAUAGUUGUAAACUAUAAUAUAAAAAAUGUACUUGCCUAAACUUCAGAAUUUAAAUUCAAAUAGAUUGAAUAUUAUUAUGUAUCAACAUAAUACUAUGUAUAUGCAAAGUGACAACGGAAAGCCAAUUGUGAUUAUAGUUAAACAAAAUUUCACUGUAACGUCUGUUUUCGAGAACUGAGUACUAUAAUAAACGUGUAGGUACUUUUAUUUAGGUAUAUUAGUUGAUGACAGCAGCUGUGAGUAAAACUCAAAAAUAAUAUUCUCAUUCCAAGAUAAAUACUAAUGAUGGUGGUCAGUCGUUAACGUGACUGCUUAUGAAUAAAUUGGACUGGAUGUACAAUGAUAAUUUAUUAUGAUUUAAACUAGAUUUAAAUUUAAAAAAAAUACAAUAUUAUUGUGUUUUUUUUUUUUUUAUUAACUUUAAAUAUUCGUGUAUAUGUACAAUAGUCAAUAACACUAUUUUUCAUCGGCCAAUUUUUGUCAGUUUAGGUAGCAGCCCACCGGGAAUAUCCCAGAGUCCCGGUGGGCCUAUCCGCUCCUAUAGAAAUGGAUUCCAAAGACAUGCAACAUAAAAAACGGCUGUCUUCCGAUGACAAAUAUUGUAUUAGCCAAAUUAAUUCCACAGAAACCAAAGAUAGUGGUGUUUAGACAGUAGACUAGUAGAUGUUUGACUGUAACAGGUUCAUCUCAAGUUUGGCACAGUAUUGGUUCUUUCUUUCGCAUAAGAUGAUGAUGGGACGUCUUUGAAUGGUCUAUUCACAGUUUUAUUAAAAUAACUUCGUCUUUGCGAUUGAAAAAUUUGGGUUUAUGCCAGUAUAUGGAAGUACAGUAGAAACUCGAUUAACCGUCAGUCACGGGACCAGGACUAUGGCGGUUAAUCUAUUAGAGGGUUAACAGACAUAUUUUGUUCUUUUGAAGCAUGCGCUUUCUGAGUAGCAAUGUUUUGUAUUUUACGAAAAAGUAAGACGGCGACCGAUAGCGGAUAACAGAGAAUCAUGGUUAAUCGAAUUUCUACUGCAGUUUUGAUUUCCCAAAGUUUGUUAUUUGGUGUGCAUCGUAAUUCAGAUUCCCAUGGAUUGUGUAAUAAAUGUUAACAUGGGUAUGUAUAUCAAUAAGUGAGGAGUGAGAGCGUAUUUCCGUUCUGGGGUUAUUGAGUGCUUUCCGCACUACUUUGUCGGCCUUCUCAUUGCCAUCAAUUCUAAAAUGGUCCGGUAUCCAUAUGAACCGUAUGUUCUUUUAAGCCUUUGAAAUGAUAUUGCUAAUUUUAAUAGCUAGGCUACUUGAAUGAAGGUUACACUUUAGACUGUUAAGAGCACUGAGUGAAUCAGUAUAAAUGUUUAUACAAGGAUCAGAUAAUUUGAUGGCUAAAUAAACUCCAUCGAGCAGGGCUAUGUAUACAGCUAUAUAAAUACUAUUAUGGUCUAAAAGUCUGUAAGAUAAGGCAUUAAUAAUUAUAAUAAUUCAAACUCCUAGUUGAUUUUGGAAGCAUCUGUAUAGAUUUACGAGCUUCGAGGUUCGAAUAUUAAUAUCGUUUUUAAAAAUAAGAUACAUUUUAGUUUUUUCUUGUGGGAAGGUAAAGCCUAAGUAUAAACUCCAGUAAGAUAGGUUAUUAAAGCAAUUUUUUUGUAGAUGAGGAAAAUAUUUAAUUUUUUUUCUCUUAUAUCUGAUUGAUUAUUGAUUGUUGUUAGAAACAGUAGAAUGCUUAGAGAAGAUCUUUGUAUAACUCAAAUUUCAAGUAUGAAAAUAUAUAUACAUAUUAUACUAUAAAAUAAUAUAUAAACAAUAAUCAAGUAAUAUAAUAUUAAUUUAUUUUAAUUUCUAAUGUUAAACUUCUGUCACGUAUCUACUUUUAGGUAAUUUAUAAAUAAUAAUGUUACUAGGUGUAAUCAUAUUUUUUUGUCAAUAAAUAUAUUUUGAUUAGUACCUAUGUUUCAGCUCGAGGGAGGAAUUAGUGAAUAUACAGAAAACACGGAAAUCGUUUAUCUGAUUGAUCCCUCAGAAACGAGAAUAUUGGAUUGCAAAUACAGUAGUUUUAUUGUGAGUCAAAAAUAAUAUAUUAUGACCGUAUAUAAUUCAUUAAACGCCAAACGCAUAUUGUGAUUAUGUAUACGUUUAGAAGUAGUUUUGUUGAAUUUCCGUAUCUAGGUAUACGAAAUUCAGAAAGCUCUAAUGAAAUAUGUAUCCCAAGUAUUAUGAACAAAAAGCAGAAUAAUGCCAUUAUUCGUAUUUCAGGGACAGUAUCUGUACGGACAAUCAGUCAAGAUGCAAGUAGAAUUCGACGAUUGCGAAAAAAUCGGUGUUCUUGACGACAUAUAUUAUUGCGCGGUAAUGAAUGACACGAUUCACGCAAAAAACAAGGUGAUUAAACGCAAUACAUACAGAAUAAUUCACUGAGCGUACUCACCCCAUUCGUUUGGUUAAAUUUUGUAUAUAUUCAAAUUCCGAUUCUUGGAAUUUUUAAGUGUAAUUAAAGUCGAUAUUUUUGAAUACUUAGGUUUUUCAUAACAAUUAAGGAGUAUCCUGUGGCAAUCCCAACUUUGGUUUUUCAAAUGAGAACCUAUAUUAAAUAUUCCAUAUAGUAGAUGAAAAAUUAUUUAAAAUACAUUUUGGUGUUGACUUUCAAGUGUAGGGGGACUAAUAAAACGCCGCACGCCAUACCACCACACAAAUUAUACGUCACUACAUUCCCUUUAUCUAAACUUAAAAGUAAAAUAUCUCGUCAACGGGGUGACAGAAAUCAAUAAUUUCAAUACCAAAAUGUAUUUUAAAUAAUACUUCAUAUAUUUAUAGAAUUUUCAAUAUAGGUUCUCAUUUGAAAAACCAAAGUCGGGAUCGCCACAGGAUUCUUCUUAAAUAUUAUGAAAAAUCUAAGUAUUCAAAAAUAUCGGCUUCAACUACACUUAAAAAUCACAAAAAUCAGAAUUUUAAUAGAUAUAAAAGUUACCAAAAUAAUGGGAUGAGUACGCUUUGUGAGUUGCGGUUCUCUAUAUUCGGUAAUAUUAUCUGUAAAAUAAUAUUUGUUACCAACCCACUUAAAUUUAAAUGGAACCGUGGCUUUCUAAUAUUUAUCUGCAAGAUGUGUCUAUUUUUCAGGAAUAUGAUUUGGGAUCACCUCUCACGUGCGGGGGUAAGUUGUACGCAAUAAGAAAUAUUCAUGGAUAUUUUACUACAGUUUUCUCUAUUUCGAAUUUGAUACUUCACACGAUGGACGAGUUAAGUUUAUUGGUAAGUAAAAACGUAUUUUUUUUCUACCUAUAGUAUCCGCUUAAUCACUGAACAUUUCAUUAAUACAACUAUUGUUGAUCGCUUUAUUUACUAUUGUGAUAAUGCACUAUUUCAAUAUUUUAUAAUGUUAAUAUUUGUAUCAAAUUUCUAAUUUAUUAGACUAGAACAAUGCAGUUUAAAAGCCUAUAAAACAAAAAUCUAAUAAAUGGCACCUACAACCGUUUAAAGAAUAGCCGCAAAUCCAUUGAAGCAAACUCGAAUGAUUAGAUUCUCCGGGCAUCCAGCGUUAUUAAUGAAAAAUAAUUGUUGAGCAAUGAAAAUGAUAUGCUAUAAUAACAAUUUACAAAAUAAUCUUUUUCGUAGCAAAUUUUACAUGGUAUAUUAUACCAUUAUAUCCCAAAGGUGAAUUUUUCAAAUUCAUGAAAUGGGCAUUUUCUUGCACGAUUCGUAGAAUAGUCAAAUAUGGCUAACAAACUGCCCAUUUUAUGAAUUGAGCAAAACUAGUGAUACACAAAUAUUUCGAAUAUUUUCAAUAUUUAUCAAACAAUUAUUUUAAUAAAUUAUGAAUAAUUAUAUAUUUGUUAGGUAUUAUUUUUUUAUUGAUCCGAUACAACUUCAGCAGCAUUGGCCAUUAGUUAUUUUUAGUUAAC